CGAGGUUUCAGCACCGCUCCUCCCGCUCCCCCUCCCCUCAGCUCCGGCCCGCGGCUCCCCGCUAUGGCUGCGCUCCGGAGGCUCCUGUGGCCGCCUCCUCGGCUGGCGCCGACUCUCGCCCCCCAGCAGCCCUUCCUGUCACCGUGGGGGCGGCCGGCGGGGACGGCUCCGGGGCUGUCGGGCCGGCCCUUCUCCUGCCGGGAGGACGACGAGGGGGCCGUGGCUGAGGCGGCGUGGCGGCGGCGGCGGCGGCGCUGGGGGGAGCUGAGCAUCGCGGCGGCGGCGGGCGGGGGGCUGGUGGGCCUCGUGUGCUACCAGCUGUAUGGGGACCCCAGAGCAGAGCCCUCGGAGUUAGCGGCCCCAGAAGCCGAGGACCCGCCCCGGGCCAGGGGGCUGCUGCCCAUCCCGGUGGCUGCUGCUAAGGAGACCGUUGCUACUGGCAGAGCUGUUACUGAAGAUUUGGACCUCUACGCUACAUCUCGAGAGAGACGAUUUCGUUUAUUUGCAUCUAUAGAAUGUGAAGGACAGUUAUUCAUGACUCCAUAUGAUUUUAUUUUGGCUGUUACAACAGAUGAGCCCAAAUUUGCUAAAACGUGGAAGUCACUUUCUAAACAGGAAUUAAGUCAGAUGCUCUCAGAAACACCACCAGUUUGGAAGGGAUCAUCAAAGCUCUUUAGAAAUCUUAAAGAAAGAGGUGUGAUUUCUUAUACCGAAUAUCUUUUUCUUUUAUGUAUUUUAACAAAACCUCAUGCAGGUUUUAGAAUAGCUUUCAACAUGUUUGACACUGAUGGAAAUGAGAUGGUGGAUAAAAAAGAAUUUUUGGUGCUUCAGGAGAUAUUCAGGAAAAAAAAUGAAAAGAGAGAAACUAAAGGAGAUGAAGAGAAGCGUGCAUUGCUGCGUCUUCAACUUUAUGGAUACCAUUCUCCUACUAAUAGUGUACUUAAAACAGAUACUGAGGAACUCGUCUCCAGAAGCUACUGGGAUACCCUGAGACGUAACACAAGUCAAGCACUCUUUUCAGACCUCGCAGAGCGUGCUGAUGACAUCACAAGCUUAGUAGCAGACACUACACUUCUGGUACACUUUUUUGGAAAGAAAGGAAAAGCUGAGCUCAACUUUGAAGAUUUUUAUAGAUUUAUGGAUAACCUACAAACAGAAGUUCUAGAAAUAGAAUUUCUUUCCUACUCUAAUGGAAUGAAUACUAUCAGUGAAGAAGAUUUUGCCCAUAUUCUUCUACGGUAUACUAAUGUGGAAAAUACAUCAGUAUUUUUGGAAAAUGUGCGCUACAGUAUACCUGAAGAAAAGGGCAUCACGUUCGAUGAGUUCAGGUCAUUUUUCCAGUUUCUGAACAACUUAGAAGACUUUGCAAUCGCUCUCAAUAUGUAUAACUUUGCAAGCCGUUCUAUAGGACAAGAUGAGUUUAAGCGUGCUGUCUACGUAGCUACUGGACUGAAACUUUCACCACAUUUGGUGAACACCGUCUUCAAGAUUUUUGAUGUUGACAAAGAUGACCAGUUAAGUUAUAAAGAAUUUAUUGGAAUUAUGAAAGACAGACUCCAUAGGGGAUUCCGGGGUUACAAAACAGUCCAGAAGUAUCCAACCUUCAAAUCCUGCCUGAAAAAAGAACUUCACAGCAGAUAAAUCCUCCUAAAACAAAGAUUGAAAGAUUAUGAUCUAUGUGACAAGACAAGAAGCAAGUUUCUGAGUGUGGAUCCAAGUGUGAAGUCAGAGCAUGCAGAAAAUAAAGGGAAAGUGAAAUACCAUGAAAUUACAUUUUUUUCCUUAAACUGAGUUUGUCAAUGUGAAACAGAGGAGAACUGAAUCUUCUAACUACAAGGUUUAACCCUGGGUUUGAUCCCCAGUGCCACCAAGAGAACACUUACUGCAGAUGCUUAAUGUGAUCAGUUGACCUUUCACCUUGACUGAUGGAAGUCCGAACUUUUUCAUUCCCUUCACAAGUACAUGGGUAGUCCCAGUAACUGAGAAUGUAUUUAGAUGUCUAUUUAUUUAUUAGAAAUGUCUUUAUUUCAAAAGAAUUUAUGAAUAAUAGAAUAUAGAUAGCUUAAAAGCAGAAACACAUUUUCUUCUGGUUUGGACUGUAAACCUGUUUUCAGGCAAUGAAUAUUGCUUCUGACUUGUCUUAGGGCCCUUAGACUUAUUCGUAAGUCCUUGUUAUUUACCUUGUAUUUAGUUACACUGAAGUAAUUUCAGAAAACAAGUGAAAAUUUACUAGAUAAUAUGAUGGUUUACAUUGUACUUUCAACUUUUAAAAGUACUUAUGUGAUAUACACUGUUGGAUUUGUGUAAAUUUUUGUUUGUUUUUGCUCUUCUUUAUGUGUUUUGUUUUAUUUUUGUACCAAAGUCAACAGGAUUUCAGGUAUUUUAUUUAAAAAACAAUUUAGAUUUUUUUUUUUUGAAGAAAACAUAGUGACCACAUGCUGAUGCUAGAAGCCAGGACAUUGGUAGUAGUAAUUACCAUGGGGUAAACGUGGUGCUGCUCCUAAUUGCAAGUAGAAUAUGUGGAAAUAAUAUUAGUAAUGUACUGGAUAUUAUUAACAUAUGUCUAUAACAUCAAAACUAAUAUAAGUGAUUUAGAAGAUUGAUGUACAUUUAAUAGAUAAAAGAUAAUCUUUUGUUUCUUGCAAAAGGACCACAUGCAAAAUUGAUCCAAACAGCCAGUAGUGAUGAAUCAUUUAUAUAUAAUUUGUUUUGUUGAAAUAAUAUGUCUUAAAAAGGAAAA